AUGACAAGUAUCUUCCAAAAUCCAACCGUCGAAGAUGCCAACCCAAGAACUUCGACUAUAGACAUCAACGACAAAGAAAAUCCCUUCUGGCUAUUCUUCGACAACAUCCGUAGGUUUAAAAGGGCUGGCCAUUCGGUAUUACCGGAUGAAAGCAUUGCCUUGAUCAUGGACAUUCUUAUCGAGCUAUACCCUGAUGACUCGUUGGGCGCGAAAACACUGUCUCGUAUUCCGCUGAGUAUCCCCGAUCUCAAUGCUGGUAAGGGAGUCUGGGUUGAUGGGUCUAUCGUGAGAUUUUCUGAAGGUCUUGAGAAAAUGGGGAUACCGCUGGCGGUUCUUUCGCACAAGCGAGAGAAUGACGAUCUUGGAAUGGCAAAAUACGAAAUCCCACAGCUCCUUCUCCAGGCAAACAUGGCAUUCAACUACGAUAAAAAGCUUGGGCAGUAUGAGGCGUUUUUAAUCAGUGUCAAGGAACAAAGUUACACAUACACCUUUGUUCGGGCUAUUAUGUCUGCAGAAUAUCUUAGAAGUAUUCGGGCUGGGACAGUUUCUGGACGGAUGGAGGUAUCACGUAGUGAAUCUUUCAAUAUCGUUGAUAGAAAUCAACGCCAGGAAUCCCUUAGGAGUCUGAUGGGGAUGGCUAGAUACUUUUUUGAUCGGAAGGAGUUUGCAUUUCCAAUGCAUAAAUACAGAGCUGUUGGCUGA